AUGGACAGACUGGCCCCUUCCAUGCGCAAGAGACUCUACAGCCUACCGUCCCCCACCCGGGUCAAAGCUGGGGCAGAGGACGAGGAGAGGGAGGGAGACCGAGAGGCGACCAGAAGGAGUUUCAAGAUGAGACCCCUGCCCUCUCCCUCCGGGGGGCUGACCAGGGAACCACCGGCCGGAGGGCAGGACACUACCCUCCUGGAAACCGAGCUCGGGAGGACGGUCAAAGGCGCCGGCGGCAGCAGCAGCAGCACCAACGGGGACUGCCGCCGGUUCCGGGGCAGCCUGGCCUCGGUGACCGCCCGCACCCUCCCGGGAGCCGGGCUGGCCGACGACAAGCGCCUGAUCGUCGAAGGGGACUCCAGCCCCGGCGAGGACACCAGCCCGGGCAGCCCGGGCUCCGAGGCGAGCCCCCGAGCCGAGCCCAGUCCCGGACCGGAGCCCGGGCUGGCUUUCCUGAAAGUGGACGCCGCCGACCAGAUCCUGCUGGAGGAGGAACUCCGGGCCAGCCAGGCCGGCUUCAUGCAGAGACAGUUCGGGGCGAUGCUCCAGCCGGGGGUCAACAAAUUCUCCCUCAGGAUGUUUGGCAGCCAGAAAGCGGUAGAGAGGGAGCAGGAGCGAGUCAAAUCUGCCGGCUUCUGGAUUAUCCACCCUUACAGCGACUUCAGGUUCUACUGGGACCUGACGAUGCUGCUUCUCAUGGUGGGAAACCUGAUCAUCAUUCCUGUCGGGAUCACGUUCUUCAAGGAUGAAAACACCACUCCCUGGAUAGUCUUCAACGUCGUGUCAGACACCUUCUUCCUUGUCGAUCUAGUGCUGAAUUUCAGAACUGGGAUUGUGGUGGAGGACAACACAGAGAUUAUUUUGGAUCCACAGCGGAUCAAAAUGAAAUACUUAAAAAGCUGGUUUGUGGUAGACUUCAUAUCCUCCAUUCCAGUGGACUAUAUUUUUCUAAUAGUUGAAACGAGGAUUGAUUCAGAAGUUUACAAGACUGCAAGGGCGCUGCGGAUUGUAAGAUUUACCAAAAUCCUCAGUCUUCUUCGGUUGCUGCGGUUAUCCCGACUCAUUCGUUACAUCCAUCAAUGGGAAGAGAUCUUCCACAUGACCUACGACCUGGCAAGUGCAGUGGUGCGCAUUGUUAACCUCAUUGGGAUGAUGCUGUUGCUAUGCCAUUGGGACGGUUGCCUCCAGUUCCUGGUUCCUAUGCUGCAGGAGUUCCCAGCUGACUGCUGGGUGUCCCUCAACAACAUGGUGGAUGAAACCUGGUCGAAGCAGUAUACCUACGCCCUGUUCAAGGCCAUGAGCCACAUGCUGUGCAUCGGGUAUGGAAAGCAGGCACCUAUUGGCAUGUCUGAUGUCUGGUUGACCAUGCUCAGCAUGAUAGUGGGCGCCACCUGCUAUGCCAUGUUCAUCGGCCAUGCCACGGCACUCAUCCAGUCAUUGGACUCAUCUCGGAGGCAGUAUCAAGAGAAGUACAAACAAGUGGAACAGUACAUGUCCUUCCACAAGCUACCAGCUGACAUGCGCCAGCGAAUCCACGAUUAUUACGAGCAUCGCUUUCAGGGCAAGAUGUUUGAUGAGGAGAAUAUUCUCGGGGAGCUCAGUGAUCCUUUACGUGAGGAAAUAAUAAACUUCAACUGCAGGAAGCUGGUGGCCUCCAUGCCACUCUUUGCCAACGCAGAUCCUAAUUUCGUCACAUCCAUGCUGACUAAGUUGCUGUUUGAAGUGUUCCAACCUGGGGACUACAUUAUCCGCGAGGGGACAAUAGGAAAGAAGAUGUACUUCAUCCAGCAUGGGAUUGUCAGUGUCCUGACAAAAGGCAACAAGGAGACCAAACUGUCUGAUGGAUCCUAUUUUGGAGAAAUCUGCUUGCUGACCCGGGGCCGUCGAACAGCGAGCGUGCGAGCUGACACUUACUGCAGGCUGUACUCCCUCUCUGUAGACCACUUCAAUGAAGUGCUGGAGGAAUAUCCAAUGAUGAGACGUGCCUUUGAAACAGUGGCUCUUGACAGGCUCGACAGGAUAGGCAAGAAAAAUUCCAUCUUGCUUCAUAAAGUGCAGCAUGACCUGAACUCUGGUGCCUUGAACUAUCAGGAGAGUGAGAUUAUCCAGCAGAUCGUGCAACAUGACCGGGAGAUGGCGCAGAACAUCCAAAAUAAUCCAGUGGCCACAGUGUCCACGCCGACUCCGGUCAUCUGGACCCCGCUGGUUCAAGCCCCUCUCCAGACUGCAGCAGCGACCACUUCAGUGGCGAUUGCACUGACCCAUCCCCAUUCGCACCUCUGUGGCAACAUGUUCCAGCCUUCGGUGUCCAUAUUGAACUCGCUGGGGCAACAGGCCAGUCAGACGCCAGGCCAGCCGAAGCAGAUGCCAUGCUCUGUGCCCACCACCGGACCCUCGUCCGUGGGCUCCCCAUCCAGCACGCCAUCUCAGAUGCAGACCCCCUGCGCCGAAUCGCCCUCGGCCGCUCUGUUCCAGACCCACCAGCUCAAGGGGGGCUCCGCUUCCAGCAGCCUGAGCCAACUCCAGCAGCCCCCGACGGGAUCGCCCGCACCCCGUAGCUCAGGGGUGACCCCUGCGGCCCUGAGUCAGGCCCAGCCGCCCUCCCCCAGCCUGAGCCAGCUCCUGAGCCACUCGCCCACCCCCGGCCUCCAGCUGUCCUCCUUGGGAUCGUCCUCGCCCGUUUUCACGCAGUUCCGCCAGCCUUCGCCCGGCUUGAGCCAGUUCCACCCCGCCAUCAAACCGCCUCAGGCGCACACCGCUCCCCUUCAGCUCCCCCCGGGCAGCAGCACCCAGUCGGCGGAGCUGAAGCACUUCCUGCACGCGGUGUCAGGCUCUCCCUCGGCCAGUCAAGCGGGCGCAGGCUCCCCCCCGUUCUGUCCGAGCCCCCUCCCUCCAGCUGUUUCAGGCUCUCCGUCGGCUCAGUUUCCGGUGUUGCAGAGCGGGAGAGGGCAGCAGCCAGGGUCCAGGAUCCAAGCCCCACCGGAAAAGCCCACCUACCCAUCGGCCGUGGUGUCACCGCUCCAGCAGCAUCCCAGCACGCCGUGCUACUCUCCCGGUGCUCUGAGCCCUCCGGUUCAAAGCCCAGUGACUAAAAGGACAUUUCACUGCGGCUCCUCUGAGGCAUCAGGCUCCCGCACGUCUCUCCUGACACCGCCGACCCCUCCGGCCCUUCAGCAGAUCAUCACUCUCAAAAGCACCCCACCGCUGCCAGUCGGACGCUUGACACAGGACCUUAAGGGGAUCUCUGCCUCCCAGCCAUCCUUGCCUCAAGAGUUGGCUCAAGCAGCACAUCAGAGCAGCCCUUCACCAGGCAGAGAAUCUGCUGGCAGCGUGAUGAGUUUUACAAGGCCCAGGCGGCUGAGCAAACCGUGCAGCUCCAUCCCUGAGCGUAUGACUCUACCAAGGCAGAUGUCAUCAGGUUGUUUACCUCAGUCACAAGGACACUUACUUGGCACAUUUUACCCAACCACGUUAUCUAAGGACGAGACUGGUCCUCAGAAGGGAUCAGUAACCUUUGGUUCUGAUUUGGAACCUGUUCGGUCGAAGCUCCCUUCCAACUUGUGA